AUGGGAAAUAUGACAUCGAAAGACGGCAAUUGCGACGAUUUUAAGAAAGCUAAGAUGAAACGACGAAACGGCAAAGCAGCAUUAACACGGCUCGGGAAAGUUAUAAUAGUCCAAAUCGAGGGGAAACGUUCGACCAAUGAGGUUCAAAGGGCGCUUGAUAAUUAUGAACACGCAUUUGCCGACCUGGAAGCCAAACACGAAGAAGUGACAAUGCUAAUCGAAGAUGACGAACAGUUCAAUGAGGAAGAACGAUAUAUUGAACAAUGCCAGGAAACCUUUCUGCGCUUAAAAAUUGACGCGCAAGAUUAUAUAAAGCAACAGACGAAAAUAUCAGAGAUGAAACAAAAUACUGUCGAAACCGGAAGCGUAAAUACUCCCGCAGAGAACUUGUCGAAUGAAGAACAAAUUAACGAAAUCCCGGCCGGCGAAGAAAGUCAUGCAUCGAUACCGAAUGAAGAAAAUCAAGACAACCAGAUAUCAGCACCAGUAGCUCAAGAAACCCAAAGUCAUCCUGUACAACCCAGCACAUCUAUUAAUGAUUCAUCGUUCAACACAACUGAGAACACCGCGGAGACAGCAACUCAUAUAAGCAAAGGAGAAAGCCUAUUUCGAAUUGAGAAGCCAAAGAUGCCAAAAUUCACUGGUGACGUCAGAGAAUUUGGAACUUUUAGAGCGGACUUUAAGCACUUGGUGGAAAAUAGAUACAGUAAACGUGAUGCAAUAACCAUUCUGAGGUCUAGUCUCCAAGGAAAACCGCUGGAAAUGAUCAAGGGAAUUGGUCAAGACUAUGAUGCCGCAUGGGAAUAUCUCGAUUCCGUGUAUGGAGAUCCACGAUUUGUUGCUGACAUCAUCACUCACGAUAUCUCCAAGUUUAAGCCAAUAAAGGACGGAGAAGAUGCCCGGUUUUGCGACUUGGUCCAUUUAAUAAAGCGGAGUUUCAACACCCUUAGAGAAGUAGGACGGGAGAAUGACAUGGAUAACAACCACAUGCUGGCUAUCAUUGAACAGAAAAUGUUUACCGACGAUCGCAAAGUCUGGUCACGCUAUUUGGAGAGUUCAAAGAGUCAAGCCACAUUGGAGUCGUUAAUUUCCUGGAUGACAAGUGAGAUGAAGUCGAGAAUGAGAGCAACGGCACCAUUAAGAAGCUCAUGGCAGUCACCCAAGCAUGUUGGACAUGUUACUGGAAAAGAAGAUGGGAAGCCAACAAACCAUAAGUGCUGGUUCUGCAAAACGUCUGAACAUUGGACCGACCAAUGCCAAAAGUUCCUUGCCCAGAGUGCUAGCGACCGCCUGAAAGUUGUGAAGGAGAACCAUGCCUGUUAUAGCUGCCUGAAGCGAGCUGGUCGUGGUCACAACAUGUCAACCUGCUCUCGAAGGCGCCACGGAGAGACUAUGUUACCGACUAUUCAGGCAGAAAUCCUGGGACCACAGAAGGUCAAGAAACAGGCUAAUAUGUUACUAGACACUGGUGCUCAAAUCAGUUUAAUACGGACAUCAGUCGCUGAGGAGCUGGGUCUCAAAGGCAAGAGUGUCACAGUAACAAUGGCGAAAGUUGGAGGAGAAGAAAAUGAGAUGUCAACAAAGAUGUAUCGAUUCCAAAUUCGAUCCCUCGAGAACCAGUCCAUCCACACAAUUGCAGCUGUGGGAAUCCCAAGUAUCAGUGGUGAUAUUUCCGGAAUGAAACUUGAUGGCAUAGCUGAAGCUUUCAACCUUGAAAGAGAGAAAUUACGAAGAGAGAAUGGUCCAAUAGAUGUCCUGUUGGGAAUUGAUCAACCGAAGUUGCACACUGGUGAGACAAAAGAAGCUGGUAAUCUUGUUGCAAGAUAUUCGCCAUUGGGAUGGGUUGUCUUUGGAGCCACGUCUGAAAAGUGUGACGUCAGUCAAGUCUACCAUGUCAAGUGUUCAAAUCCCAUCGAUAUGACCGACUUUUGGACCACCGAAUCAAUGGGCGUGGAAGGGAAUAUGUGUUCUUGUGAAAGCAAGAAGUUAAGUCCAGUUGAAGCCUACGAAGCCAAGAUUAUAGAACAAUCCUGCAAAAAGAUUGGUAAUAAAUGGUUAGUUUCAUACCCCUGGGUCAAAGAUGCAUCUGAAUUACCGGAUAACAGAAGCCAAGCGGAGAAGAAAUUGGAAACAACCGAGCGUCGAUUAGCCAAGAACCCAGAUCAUGCAGAAGCGUAUGACAAGCAGAUGAGGGAAAUGAGUGAAAUGAACUUCUCUCGAAAAUUAUCAAGUGAAGAAUUAAAGUCAUACAAGGGACCAACCCACUACAUAUCCCACCAUGAGGUAGUCAGACCCGAGAAGAAGAGCACCCCCAUCCGAAUUGUUUUCAAUUCCUCAGCAUCGUAUAAAGGGCACCGCUUAAAUGAUUACUGGAUGAAAGGACCCGAUUUACUAAAUAAUCUGUUUGGAGUUCUCCUACGAUUUCGAGAAAAUGAAGUGGCUAUCAACGCGGAUAUAUCCAAGAUGUAUCACAGAAUCCUAAUCCCGGAAAGAGAUCAACAUGUUCACCGAUACCUGUGGAGAAACAUGGAUACGGAUCGAGAACCUGAUGUUUAUGUCAAAACAGUCUUGACAUUUGGUGACAAACCAGCCCCAGCCAUGGCACAGACCGCGCUGCAAAAGACUGCUGAAGAAGGAGAAAAACGCUACCCUGCAGCUGCUGAAGUCUUAAAGAAGAAUACUUACAUGGACGACAUAUGCGAUUCGGUCCAUUCUGAAAAUCAAGCAAGAAAAAUAACAGCAGAGAUUGACGAAAUCCUUCGCAACGGUGGUUUUAACGUGAAGUGUUGGCUCUCAAACCGGUCAUUAAAGAAGAAUGAUGAAAGCGUUAUUGAAAAAAGUGAAUUGGAAUUAAAGCUCCUACAAGGCCCAGUUGAAGAGAAAGUUUUGGGAACUGUCUGGAACCACCACGACGACGUUUUUGGGUUCAAAGUGAUUCCUCCUGAACUAGUUAAACUUACGAAGAGAGCAAUACUAAGCCAAGUAGCUCGGAUCUACGAUCCUCUAGGAGUAGCUGCAGCUUUCCUGAUUCGCGCCAAAAUAGAGAUGCAAAAACUGUGGUUAGAAGGACUACAAUGGGAUGAUGAAUUGCCGCCGAAUCUCCAAAUAACGUGGAUACGAUUCUUCCAAGAGAUGAACGACCUGAACAACGUCACCUUCGAAAGGUCUCUUACGCCAGAUUCCGUGAUCGGAGCGCCAGUACUAUGCAUUUUCUCGGACGCAUCGAUUGAAGCCUUCGGAGCAUGUGCUUACAUCAGAUGGGAGACAGAAAACAACACCUUUGUAACCAGGUUCAUCGCAGCAAAGUCAAGAGUAGCCCCACUGAAGUCGCUGACCAUACCUCGUUUAGAGCUACAAGCAGCUGUCCUGGCGACACGAUUAUGUUGUUCUAUUCUCGAAGAGUCUCGAAUGAAGUUUGUGAAGAUAAUUUUCUUCUCUGACAGCCACAUUGUUCUUUCAUGGAUCCGUAACCAACCCAGAGAGUUUAAGCCGUUCGUUUCAGCCCGAAUUGCCGAAAUCCAGAGCAAGUCUGAACCAGAUCAGUGGAGACACGUUCCUGGAGAGCUAAAUGUCGCUGAUGAUGUGUCGCGAGGAAUACCUGCUCUGCAACUGACAGGCAGAUGGAAGUAUGGCCCCGAGUUUCUGAAGUUACCGGAGGAAGAAUGGCCGAGCGAGUCGUCUUCUGCUACCAUCACUAAAAGCGUGGAUAUCGAUCAGUCUGAACGUCGAAAAGUUCAACCUGUCUUUCAAGUAACCCAAUCGCCAGAAGUCAUUCCGUGCAAGAAGUUUUCCAGUUGGGGGAAACUUAUCCGAGUCACAGCCUAUGUGUUACGGUUCAUCAACACGCUACGAAACAAGCAUCAAAACAAAGACAACACAGAAACGACCCGACCGAAAGACACCUCAGAUGAUAGAUCAAUCUCAGCAAAGGAGUUAGAAGAUGCCGAGUUGUAUUGGGUCAAACAAAGUCAGAAGUCACUUCAUGAUCGCCUGAAAAAGGGAGAACUGAAAGGACUCACCCCGUUUACCGAUGACAACGGAGUUAUCAGAGUCGGAGGUCGAGUAAGCGAAGCCGUAAUCUCGUACGAUGCCAAACAUCCAGUUUUACUCCCACGUGAACACUGGAUAUCCCUGCUGAUCACUCGUAACUUCCAUCGAAACGGCCACUCAGGAGUUGCAACAACCGUUGCAAAGAUCAAGAAAAAGUUUUGGAUUAUCCGAUGUCAUGAUCUUGCCAAGUCAAUAAAGUUCCGAUGCGUAUGUUGUCGCCGAAUCCAAGCCAAAACCGAGGAGCAGUUCAUGUCAGACCUACCAAUUACCCGACUGGAGCCAUUCACACCACCCUUUCAUCGCACGGCAUGCGAUUACUUCGGUCCUUACCAAGUUAAAAUUGGCCGAAACAAAACAACCAAACACUAUGGCGUACUGUUUACAUGUCUGAAUACUCGUGCCGUACACCUGGAAAUCGCAGUGGACUAUUCCGCUAUGGAAUUCUUGCAAACCUUACGUCGAUUUUUCGCAAUCCGUGGACAACCGGCUCUGAUGAUCAGUGACAACGGGACGCAGCUGGUGGGAGCUCAACGUGAACUCCGAGAAAUGAUAGAAGGAUGGAACGAGAAAGAGUUGAAGGAAUUCAGCGCCGAGAAAGGAAUGGAGUGGAGAUUUAUUACUCCUGCAGCACCACAUCAUAACGGUUGUGCUGAGGCUCUUGUCAAGAGUUCGAAGAAAGCAUUAAAGAUCGCGAUUGGUGAACAAAUUUUGGCUCCGUUCGAGCUAAGAUCAUCGAUAGUUUUUGGAAGCGUUGGAGCAGAGAUGUAUUUCCCACCUUAG